AUGGGUCCAUCUAGUUCAUCUUAUACACUACAAGUGAGUUUCCACAAUGUGGAGGCACAGAGGUACAUUUCGGACUCCUUACCUCUUCCGGCGUAUGAUGUUCUUGGUUUAUACUAUGGUUUAGGCCGCACUUUCUUCAACCCAGCUAGCGCUAAAGUCUUCUCAAGAUUUGACGAAUUACGAGCAGCUACAAAGAAUUACACCAUUGAAGCCACUCCUGAAGACAGAAGCAGUGUCUUGCAACAGGGAGGUACGUUUGUGUUCAGAGGCAAGAAACUAUUGUACGGUCGAAAAGACGAAGGAACUGGAGAUCAUCCAUCUCUAGAUGAUGUCAUCAAUGUCUGUUCCAAAGCCGCUGUUGCUUGA